CGAUGAUGGGUGAGUGAGCGAACGUUCCGCCUUCCCACCACGCCACUCUACCGAUCGGGGACCAUCGGGCUGGAAACUAAGAGGUGGACUGGGUCAUGGACUGUCAUUGAAAACAGACGAAAGUGGACGCACCAAUCGUUGGAGUGGCAGCGGAGCACAUGGCAACCACGACGCUGUCGGAGGCGCAGGCGUCUCCCAAGUUGACGAAGAAGGACGGCAAGCCUUCGAGUACCUCACAUUACACCACCUUUGGCUGUCAGCAUACCAAAUCCCUUCUAUCGGCUGCUCGCGAGCAAGCGACCAGCGGCUACACUCGCAUUAUCCAAUGCAUCCAGGACGACAGAAACUACUCCAGUCGGGCGUAUAGAAGAGCAGACAGCACGGGCGUGACGGGGAGCUCGACGUUACUAUGUCUACAAUGUCCAAACAUCACUCAUGCACGGGUCAAGCACAAGAAGGAUCAUGGAUUCGCUGCGGAGUCGGAAAACGGUUUCCUCUUCUGCCACGAGUGCAAAGACUUCGUCUACGACCCUACCUUCGAAGACAUCCGCUGCGGCAAUCCCAGAAAGCGAAAGCGCAUCGAACCCCAGCUGGAUGGCGAGAUGAAACGGCUCAUUGCCAACAACUCUGCCCCAGCUCCCUGCGCCGCGACUGGUCUCCGAGGCUUCUACAACAUGGGCCAGACGUGCUUCAUGUCCGUCAUAUUACAGGCCAUCGUCCACAACCCUCUCAUCCGCGCCUCCUACUUGUCCGAGGGCCACCGAAAAGAAGAAUGCGAACGCGAGGCCUGCACCUCCUGCGCCCUCGACGACAUCUUCACCGAUUUCUUCAGCCAAGAAAAGCACGAAGGAUACGGGCCGGUGCACAUGCUACAAGGCUGCUGGAAAGGAGGUGGCGGGCUGGCUGGGUACAGCCAACAAGACGCUCACGAGUAUCUGGGCUUCAUUCUGAACAGCCUCCACACGGCCAAUACUGCGUCGGACGAGGAGGAAGCCAACGGCAGCUCAGGCGGCAAGGACAGCUUCACCAGCUCCGAUGACUGCGACUGCAUCGUGCACCAGACCUUCGGCGGCCUGCUAAAGAGCACAGUCACCUGCGCCACAUGCCACAACACCACCACCGCCGUCGACCCCUUCAUGGACCUCAGCCUCGACGUGCGCAGCGGCGCAAUCAGCGUGAAAAAGCAGAAGCUCAGCAAAGACAAGCUCGCCAACGGCGCAUCCGACGGCUCCAAAGAAACAGCCCCAAUGGACCUCACCGAAUGCCUCGACCGCUUCACCUCCGCCGAGCUGCUGAGCAGCGACUCCUACUACUGCAGGAAAUGCGCCGCCUCCCAAGCCGCCACCAAAAAGCUCAGCCUCGCCCGCCUGCCCCCCGUCGUCCCCAUCCACCUCAAACGCUUCUCCCAUUCCAAAUCCCUCUCGCAGAGCAGCAAAGUGGAGACGAAGAUCCGCUUCCCCUUCGCCGUCGACUUGACCCCUUACUCCACCGCGUCGUCUUCGAAGAGUAAAGAGAAUGGCAAGGUUGCGAACGGCGAUGUACCUGCCAAACUCGCGGCGGAGUCGACUGCCCCGCGCAUCUACGAUUUGUCCAGCGUGGUCGUGCACAAGGGCAAGAUCGACAACGGGCAUUACAUCUCGUAUGCUCGGCAAGGGGAUGAGUGGUUCCGCUUUGACGAUAGUAUGGUUGUCGAGGUGCGGGAGAAGGAGGUGCUGGACGCGGAGGCGUACCUGCUGUUCUACGUCAUUCGGCAAUUGGAUGAAGACGAGUGAGGUUGAGGGAUAGCAGCUUUUCAUUUCCAUUGGUGGGCGUCACUGGCAUUGGGAAUUGGGAGACAAACAGCAGCGGAUAGAUGCAUAUAUAAGGGUAGCGGUGUGGCAUUGUGGGAGUUCGGAUGGGAUAAUGCA